AUGGACUUCAAGUCUUUAAUGUCCAAACACAUCUCGAAAUCAAAACCUAACCCAUCCAAAUCCGCACCUGAAUCUUCCGUCUCACCAUCCACAUCCACAUCCACAACUACAUCGAAAUACCAACGACGCGCCGAAGCCGAAGCCGCACGGGAAGCGGCCUAUGCAAGAGAACAAGCGCAGAUAGAGGCUGAGCGACAGGAACGAGCCGCCAAAAAGAGGAAACUCGAAGAGGAAGAAGCCGAACAAGCAGCGCUAAGGGCGGAAAAGAAACGCAGAUUGGCCGAAGAAUCCAAACAACGGCGCGAAGAAGAAGAGCGACAAGAAGAGCGCAAGCGUCGGAAACGACUUGGAUUACCAGAUCUACCUGAUCCCUCGAGCACAGAAAACAAUGCCAACGGCCAUAACGAUUCCAACUCGUCUCAACAAUCCAUUCCUGAUGGUGAAGAUAUAGAUGACGAAACCCUGCGGUCGAAACUGCGAAAUCUCGACCAACCAGCCACCCUCUUCUCCGAAGACCACACGGGUCGUCUCCUCCGCUACCGUGCUCUCACACGCCAGGCCGUCGCAGCAGCACCCAAAUUAUCAUCUGGACCCAUUCCAACAACCCUAGAACCAGUACCGGAGAAAGACAUCCUCAUCCCCAACCCCCUCCCCGCCCAGGAUUCUCCAGAACACGAAUACCUCUACCGCCAACUCGCCUCUUACUUCACCCUCGUCCUCCGCGAAUGGUCCACCGCCCUGUCCCAACGCGACGCCUCGGUGCAAUCAUCCAGCGGGGGCAAAGCCGCGCUCGCCGCCUACCGACAAGUCGUCGCCGACUUGACACCCUUAUUCCGACAUUUUGAGAAACACACUCUUCCUCCUGAUCUCAUGGACCCGAUCUGCAGUAUUGUGCGCGCAGCCCAGCAUCGUCGCUACGUCGAGGCGAAUGACGGGUAUUUGACCUUGUCCAUCGGUAAGGCCGCUUGGCCGAUUGGUGUCACCAUGGUGGGUAUUCAUGAACGUUCGGCGCGUGAGAAAUUGCAUGAGUCCGGAUCUGGUAAGCAGGCCCAUAUCAUGACGGAUGAGGUUACCAGGAAGUUUCUCCAGAGUAUCAAAAGAUGUCUCAGUUUUGCGCAGACGCGCUGGCCGCCAGAGGAUUUGGGGCAGUUGAUGGGGUGA